CUCUUUUUUUACGUUUUUAAACUACUACGCGUGACCAGCGCUUUGUAAACUUGGACCCAUCUUUGCGUUAGAUUUGAAUAGCCUCAGUCACUUUCUGUGGAUGCUACAUGAGGAGUGUUUGCUAACAGAAGCUAUGGUGCUCGAGCCGUGUCUCUAUGUUAACAAUGACACCACACUCUGCGACUGGGUAGCCAGCGACCAGACAAUGUCCCCGUGCGGAGUGAGGCAAAGGUCAACACUCUCUCUUACAUGCGAUCAGCAGCAUGUAUCACUUUAACUAGCUCGUCCCCAACCUGCUGCACAGUGUCAGUCGUCCCGGGCAUGCACAGACCCAGAGGAGUUGAAGGGGAAACCUGCAGCGUGAUUUGAAGUCUCCAACCAAGACAGAUACGUUUGCUAAGUCUUUUGUGGAAGAGGAGGAGUUCUGGCAAACAAAUCAAGUCCUCACAUGCUGAUUUGACACAACAACAACAACAAGCCACGCUCUGCAUCACAGUGUGGCCCACCACCAGCCGGCGGAUAUAAUGGCUGCAGAGGAUGCAGCAGAAAGUGGGGACAGACCGGACGCAGAGAUGGACCUGAAAGAGCUGGAGUCUGAGGCGGCUGAUGGACACCCAGACGGAGACGUGGAGAAAGUCGUCUCUGCUUCCGAGGCGCCCACAGAGGACACCCCGGACCCCGGAGCGUGGAAGUGGGCAGUGAUAUUUCUGUGCUUCUAUGGUUUUAUGUCAUCGAUUCGGCCAGGGGAGUCUUUCAUCACCCCAUACCUGCUCAGCCCCGAGAAGAACUUCACCAUGAAACAGGUGACCAAUGAGAUCACCCCGGUGCUGACGUACUCCUACAUGGCGGUGCUGGUGCCGGCCUUCCUCCUCACGGACCUCCUGCGCUACAAGCCGGUCCUCGUCGUCCAGGGCAUCAGUCAGGUGGUCAUUUGGCUCAUUCUGCUCCUCGGCUCCAGCCUCCUCGAGAUGCAGCUCAUGGAGUUCUUCUACGGCAUCACGAUGGGGUGCCGCGUGGCCUACUCCUCCUACAUCUUCUCCCUGGUCAGCCCCCUCCUCUACCAGCGAGUGGCCGGAUACUCGCGCUCCGCCAUCCUCUUAGGGGUGUUCACCAGCUCCGUGCUCGGACAGCUCUGCUUGUCUCUGGGCAACAUCAGCUUCUACACCCUCAACGCCAUAUCCCUGGGAUUCGUGAGCUUCGGCCUGCUCCUGUCAAUGUGCCUGCCGUGGCCCAAACGCUCCCUGUUCUUCAACCAACAGCGCAUUAAGGAGCAAAAGGAACUGCCUGCGUCGGCUGUCACCAGAUCCGAACUGGACCAAAUGAAGCCUAAAGAGAGCGAGUCCUCCUCCGCCACGCCUCCCUGCUCCGCAUCGCGCUGGAAGGGUUUGGUCCUGGUGCAGAUGCUGUUGGAGGUGAGAAACGUGGUCAGGAAGCCGAACCUGAGGCUGUGGUCCCUGUGGUGGGUGUUCAACUCCACAGGGUACUACCUGGUGUUGUUCUACGUCCACAUCCUGUGGAACAAGGUCUACCCCGCCACUGAGAACCACAGAGUUUACAACGGGGGAGUGGAUGCAGCUUCUACAUUACUGAGUGCAAUGACAUCCUUCGCGGCCGGAUACGUGAAGAUCCGAUGGAACGUGUGGUCGGAGCUGGUCAUCGCUGUCAUCACAGCCGUGCAGGCGGGUCUGUUGCUGCUCAUGGGAACCACAGACAGCAUCUGGGUGUGCUACGCUUCCUACGUCCUCUUCAGGGGCUUCUAUCAGUUCCUGGUGCCUAUUGCCACAUACCAGAUAGCCUCGUCUCUCACCAAGGAGCUGUGUGCACUAGUGUUUGGCAUCAACACUUUCCUGGGGACUGUACUUAAGAGUAUCAUCAUCCUCAUAUUUGCCGACAAGAGGGGCCUGGCACUGGAAGUGCACCAACAGUUCCUGGUGUUCUUUAUUUACUUUGUCGUUAUCACCGUCGUCUACUUUGUCUGCGCCGCUGUGGUCAUCAUCCGGCACUACAGAAACCAGCCCAAGGAAGGGGGCGUGGCCAACGGUCAGGCCCCACCCACAGAGCUCAGUCCCAUGGGAGUGAAUUCAGAGGCGGAACCUUUUUCUAACGGCAAUAGUGCCCGAGCGUAACGUCGAGAAAGACGAAGCUCGGCUGCUUUCAGAGGUGCACCGACAUUUUUUCCGUGAAUUUUUCCAGAGGUGCUGCUCGAGACAUCUUCAGAAACUUUUCCCGCCUCGAGUAAAAGUCUGGAAAAUGUCAGAGUGAGCCAAAUGAGAGAGUGGAGCAGGGAGAUGUCCAGAAAUUUCAUGGCGAGCGAGGGGAAGUGUUGAUGUCAUUUCUCACACGCGUCGGGUACAAAACUGGAAGAAUUCAAAUGCCUCAGGAUGAAAAAGAAGAUUUCAACUUGGGAAUACAACGAGAUUCCAGAGCUUUUGGUGGUUAGAGCCGACGUGUUGUAAAUAUAAACAUGUGAUCACCACAGGGGAGUUUAAACAUCAUGUCCUGUCUCGUACGUGCUCCACCCCGGCUCCACCCAGGCUCCACCCCCUCUCCUCAAUGUCUACUGUUGUCGCUGCAUCCUUUACGUGUCAAACGCAAAUUCUAGAUAAUGUCCGCACACAAUUUGUCGCACAUUUUGCUGAGUCCGUGUCUGAAAUCGUCUCGUGUGAAGUCGAUGGAGAGGUGCAUUCGCUGCUGAGCCUUAAUCAUAGAAGUGCCUCAUGUUCCCGUCUUGGGAGAGUUGUGUAUUUGUUCCUGUUUGGAUGCUGGUUUGUUGUGAGAAGGAAAAUCUUCCGACACUAUCUAUGCUUCAGUGAAGAGACAAACCACAAGGGGCCAAACUUCAGCUCCUGUUGUAUUUUGUAUAGGAAACGAAUCUGAAGCUGUAACAUUAUGAGCUGCCCUCUUUCAAUUCUUUACUGUGUGAAAUCACUGAAAUGAUUUUUGGAUCAUUAGCCUUGUUUUUAUCAUCGACACUCCUGAUGCACUUAGUGUUAGAUCAUCACUGUGUUAGUGCCAUUUGAAAAGAAUCGACCACAUCAGUGUAAUUACUGUACACAUCUGAAUAGUUUCCACAUCACACUGUUAUAAAAUCAGAUUAUGAACGGUACUUUCUUAUGACUGAGUAUUAGGGCCACUUCUAGAAAAACUAAAAUCAUAUAUGUAGGGAAUAAAAUAAACAUUACGAGAAUGAGGUCGUAAUAAUAUGAGAAUCCUUGUGGGUUCUCAGUACAGGAUCUUUUUUUAAAUACUUAUAUUGUUGAAAUAUAAAUACUUUUUCUAAAGUUAUUACAACUUUCUUCUCUUUUAAAUUAUGACUUUAUUCUCUUAAUCUCUUCUCAUUAAAUCAGACCUUAUUCUUCCGACUUUCUUCUCAUCAAACAAUAUUCUUUAUUUUCUCAAUAUUAUGACUUAUUUCUCUGAACUAUGAUUUAGUUGAAAUGUAUAGCUUUUUCUUCUCAGUAAAUUAAGACUUUACUCUUGUAAUAUUAAAUUGUUCAAAUUAAAUUGCAAAUAUAACUUUAUUCUUAUUACCCAAUUUUAGCUUUUCUUAAAGUGACCCUAAUACUUCGUCUGCAGAUUUUAUGGUGAUUGGAUUUUUAAUUGAUUCUUAUUUCUGUUUGAACACUAAUAAUGUUGAUCUUUGACGACCAUUUUUAAUGUAGAAACAAUACGUUGAGUAGGAACAAAUCUCAUAUGAAACUUUAUCACCACAUUGGUUAACUUCAGUAUCUCAGUCAAUAUUCCUGCUGCUAAUUCUCUGCCUGGUUCUCGUGAGGAGACGAAGCUCAGAGACGAGCGUCACCUCCUCACACCAGAGUUAGAACUCUGCUAUUUUUACUAUCAGAGUCUGAAGAAGGUGCUGGUGUCCGGCCCGAGGGAAACGUGGGAAUGUAACACACGUUCAGCAAGAAAGACAACUCACGACAACACUUCUCACACUAGCUUCUGUUUCUCAAGUUAACUGAGCUUUGACCGGGAUUACAUUCACAAUGUAUAGAUGUUUUUUAUUUUAAUUGAAACAGUUGCUGAGAAUUGAUGAAACUGUGAAUCUGUCUGAAUGCUGUACAAGGAAAACUGAUAUUUGAUAUGACUGAUAUUUUGUAUUCACAAAUAAAUGACAUUUGGUGGAUAAAACAAA